CCCGAUCUGGCCACAUACAAGAACAGGCACGAGGCACAACAAGAAUGACGAGCAGAUACAAGUGCUUCGAAAGCCAGCCAGGCUGCUGUAGUGCAUGCUGCGGCACGAGGCAAAGCGCAGGCGCAACGAGGCGCGAGAUUGAAAGCGAUGCGUGCACGUCCCUCGAAGUAAGAGUCGACUCCAGCAGGCAGCUUGAAGUGGGGGCCAGGGACUGCGCCCUGGGAGCGCUGAGCGGGCCGCUGCUCUGGGCCAUCACGCUCCACUCAGCACCUCCAUCACCGCACCUGUCACCGCUCUGCGCCCUGACUCGCCCUCUGCUCAGCACCUCCGCCUCGCCUCACCCACACCUUGCUCUCUCCCAUGCCGCGCCGCGCAGCCGCCGCACGCAAGGUCGACUACCGCGAGCACGCGCGCCUCGACGGCUGGCCGCGCAGCCGCGCCGCACGCUCGAGCGAGAAGGAGGCCGCGCGGCUGCCCAAGAAGAAGAAGAAGGCGGCUAGCCAGGCCGAGGGCGAGGCGGGCGACGAGAACGCGGAGCCGGAGCCGGACGGCGCGACGUCGACGGACUCUUCAGAGGAGUCCGUCGAGGACAUUGCUCAUGUCGGCCGCGGUCGCCGGAGUGAGGAGAGCGAGUCGGAGCUGGAGCUAGAUGAGUCGGACUGCGAGGACACGCGCGGCCUGCGCCGCAGCAGCCGGGCCGGGGCGUCGUCGAAGAGCUAUGCGUACGAAUGGGACAAGGACGGCAUCCUCAUCGACCGCCGCGCGAAGAAGGAGGAGGAGAGUUGGGCCCGCAUCGAGCUGCACAAGCACGAGAAGAUCCUGCGCGAGAAGCAGCUGCGGGCACUGGCAGCGCAGCCGCCGCCGUUGUCCGCGCGAGAGUCGGCCUCUCCCUCGCCGGUCUCCGAGGCUGAGCCUUCGGCGUCGGCUAGACAGCGCCAGCGUCGCCUGCGCAGCAGCAGCGAGGAAAGCGACGAGCGUGAAGCCACGCCCAAGCAGCGUCGGCCGCUGAAGAAGAACAAGACGACGGCGACCACCUCCACGCGCGCCGCCAAGGCCGGGCCCUCCAAGCGCGCCCAGCAGCAAGCUGCCUCGCCGGUGCCCAGGCCGCGUGCUCGUCCGCUUGCAGGCACGUCGCGCAACCAGCCGAUGGACUUUACGGCAGAUGCUCCGAGCGGCAGCAGUUCGGACGUCGAUGGUGUCCCGCCUGGCGGCGCUCCGCGGGCGCCCACGGCCUCGCCGCCGCCAGUAGCGUCGCCACGGACGCCCAUCCACGCAGGCGAAUGGAUCAACGAUGGUGUCAUCACAGACGACGAGCAGGAGAAGCAGCGAGAGCAGCAGCCCGAGCCUGAGUCCUCGGCCAAGGCUGCACCGCAGCACCCUGCGUCUGGCGCAAGUCUUCAGACGCCGACGCCUCGCUCGCAGCACCGCAGCAUCAAGGCGAGCAACUCGACUGCUGGACGUGCAGCGGAGAGCAGCAGCUCUCAGCACCAAGUCGUCAAGAAGGAGGGCGGAGGAGGUGUCGGCGCGCUCAAGUCGUCGAGGGCGGCGAACGAAAAGCUCUUCUUCACGGACAGCGAAUAGCUGCGCCCGCCGCGAAACCGGGCUCGUAUCGCCUGCUCGCGAGCUGUACGCUCUUCGAAAGCCGCAGCGAGGGCGAAGUGUCGCUCGCAUACCACACACAUACCUUCCGCAUCCACCUGCCUCUGUCUCCAGCCUGUUCCCGUCGUCCCGCCCAUACCUUUCCGUCUCUGCCUCCACCCACGUCCGUCUGUACCAUACGUGCAUCACACGCCACAG